UUCAUCAGGUUAAGAACCGAGUCCAGUCUCGACAUGAAGCUGAAAACAGUGAGUCAGAUUGCUACAACUUCAGAUAAUGCGUUGAAGGAUACAGAGAAAUAGCGCUAUUUUAAUAGGCAUCUUACACCAUUGGCUUUCAUACCUCAUUAUGAAACGCUGCCUCAUGCACGAAACAGCUCAAGUCUUCCAAAGUUUCGGGAACACUUAGUAAGGCACAGACAGGGGAGAUUACCUAACGUUCUAUUUCCACAUGUAUGAAUUAUAUUUCCCUCAUUGCUUUCCUUUUCAAUUUAAGUUGAUUGUGGUGCUCAGUGCAGUGGCACUAGUGUCUGCUGGAGGAGGAGGGGGUGGAGGAUAUGGUGGAGGUGGAGGAGGAAAAGGAGGUGGAGGUGGAGGUGGAAAAGGAGGGGGUGGCGGAGGCUACGGCGGAAGUGGUGGCGGUGGUGGAGGAUUUGGAGGCGGAGGUUACGGAGGAGGUGGAAGUGGAGGCUAUGGAGGAGGUGGAAGUGGAGGUGGUGGUGGAGGAUUUGGAGGAGGUUAUGGAGGAAGUGGAGGAGGAGGUGGAGGAGUGGAGGAGGAGGUUAUGGAGGAAGUGGAGGAGGCGGAGGAGGAUUUGGAGGUGGCAGUGGAGAUUAUGUGCAUCGACCAGCUCUUAGCAGAUAUCAGCCUCGAAAAAAAGAGAACAGUGAGAAGAAUUGAAAACAUGUUGUAA